AGUCGUUCACUGAUGCUGCUUCUUCUUCUGGGCUCGUCUAUGUCCUGAAGUGCUCAUUUCCUGUUUCUCUUUCUCUUUUUUUGAGGUGAAAAACGAUUGAAUUUGUCCCGCUAACUCCCUCAGAGGCACGCCUGUCCCGUAAAGAAGAAGAGAAGAUGGAAAAAGGAUACCCGGGUCAUGAGUCAGCACCACCCUACCCUGGCCCACCCAUGAACCCCGGCGGUGCACCACCCCAACCUGGGUUUUACCCGCCCCCUAAUGCAGGAGCCCCAAAUUUGGGAUACCAAGGAGGUCCGGCUACCACAGUGACUCACGUGGUGGUGACUCCCCACCUGCACGACGCCCCCGGACAAGGCCUGUGCCCCCGCUGUCAGCAGACGGUGCUCACCCAGGUGGAACGCAAAGCCGGCCUGAUGACAUGGCUCAUCUGCGGAGGCCUCGCCAUUUUCGGGUGUUUCCUCUGCUGCUGCAUACCGUUCUGUGUGGACUCCUGCCAGGAUGUGGAGCACCGCUGUCCAAACUGCCACAACGUCAUCUACGUCUACAAGCGACUAUAAAACAUAUUUUCAUUCACAGCGCACUGCUUAUACGGUAUAAAAGAAAUGUUUGCGAUGCUAAGAUGUUCCAUCCAAUGGGAUGUUUGGAUGGCAGGAAAUCAGUCAGUGAUGGGAAUUCGGUGCAUUUGUUUGUAUUGUCUAUCAGGAUUCUAGCAAUGCAAACAUUGCUUUUGCAAAUAUGUAUUCUACUCUAUAUGUUGCAUUAUGAAGGAAAUCAGUGUUUAUUGCAGAGGCAUCCAAAAUGUUACAUUUACACGUUCUAAGAGUAUUUAGUAAAUUGUCAAAAUAUUUUUUUGAAAUAUUUUGAGAAAUAAGUCAGAAUUUUAGUAGCAUAUCGUAAUUGACUGGAAAAAAAACAGAGAAAAAUGUCAAAAUAUUACGAGAAAAACAUGAAUAAACUUGUAAUAUUAAAACAUUGAUUUUUUUAAAUCAAUAUGAAUAAAUGAAUAAUUUUGUAAAAAAAAUUGAAAAUUUUGGUUGAAAAAAAAAAGAUCUAAUAUUCCAAGAAUAAAAUCAAACUAUUAUAGCAAUCAAGUCGUGAGUACAAGAAGCAAAUUACAAGAAGAAAGUUGAAAUAGUUGGGAAAAAAAAUUAAAAAGUUGGACUUUUACUACAAUAAAAGUAGGAAAAAUAAUGUAAUUUUAGUAGCAUAGAGUAAUGACUGAAAAAAAACAGCUGUAAGAGAAAAAUGUCAAAACAUUAUGAGAAAAACAUGAAUAAACUUGUAAUAUUAAAACAUUGAUUUUUUUAAAAUCAAUAUGAAUAAUUUUGUAAAAAUUUUAGAAAAUUUUGGUUGAAAAAAAAGAUCUAAUAUUCCAAGAAUAAAAUCAAACUAUUAUAGCAAUCAAGUCAUGAGUACGAGAAGCAAAUUACAAGAAGAAAGUUUAAAUAGUUGGGAAAAAAAAAUUAAAAAGUUGGACUUUUACUACAAUAAAAGUAGGAAAAAUAAUGUAACUUUAGUAGCAUAGAGUAAUGACUGAAAAAAAAACAGCUGUACGAGAAAAAUGUCAAAACAUUAUGAGAAAAACAUGAAUAAACUUGUCAUAUUAAACAUAGAUUUUUUUAAUCAAUAUGAAUAAUUUUGUAAUUUUUGAAAUUUUUGGUUGGAAAAAAAAGAUCUAAUAUUCCAAGAAUAAAAUCAAACUAUUAUAGCAAUCAAGUUGUGAGUACGAGAAGCAAAUUACAAGAAGAAAGUUGAAAUAGUUGGAAAAAACUUUUAAAAAGUUGGAAUUUUACUUCAAUAAAAGUAGGAAAAAUAAUGUAAUUUUAGUAGCAUAGAGUUGAAGUAUUUUUUAAAAUUAAAUGGGCAACAUAAGAAACAAAAUAAAGUUGGAUUUUUUUUAAUUGGAAGUCAUAUUAUAAAAAGAACAUUUUUAAGAAGUAAAUUAAAAUAUUUGUAGAAAAAUAACUUCCAAAAAUGGGAAAAAUAUGACCAACUUUAAGAAGAAAAUUGGAACAAAAAAAAGUUGGACUUUUACUACAGUAAAAGUAGAAAAAAUAAUGUAAUUUUAGUAGCAUAGAGUUGAAGUAUUUUUAAAUAUUAAAUGAGCAACAUGAGAAACAAAAUAAAGUUGGAUUUUUUUAAUUGGAAGUCAUAUUAUGAAAAGAACAUUUUUAAGAAGUAAAUUAAAAUAUUUGUAGAAAAAAAACUUCCAAAAAUGCAACAAAAGAAGACCAAAUAUCUAAGUUGACGCUAAUAAUUGGCUUUUUCAUUCAUACCAUCACAAAUCUGAAAUGUGUUGGGUUACAAAACACAAGCGGCCAUGCAUGCAUCCUUUCCAGUAGAGAAUACUAAAUGCUAAAUCAAGUGUCAAGAAAAUGUGGGAAAAUUUGCUUUUUUGUGGCUUUUCAUACAAUAAAAACUCUCUCUA